AUGGCGACUCCGAGCCCCGACAGCGCCGGCAAGAGCCUGCAGUACCGCGUGGAUCACCUGCUGAGCGCCGUGGAAAACGAGCUGCAGGCCGGCAGCGAGAAGGGCGACCCCACCGAGAGGGAGCUGCGCGUCAGCCUCGAGGACGGAGAGCUGUGGCUCCGCUUCAAGGAGCUCACCAACGAGAUGAUCGUCACCAAGAACGGCAGGCGCAUGUUCCCGGUGCUGAAGGCCAGCGUCUCGGGGCUGGACCCCAACGCCAUGUACUCCUUCCUGCUGGACUUCGUGGCGGCCGACAACCACCGCUGGAAGUACGUGAACGGGGAGUGGGUGCCGGGGGGCAAGCCCGAGCCCCAGGCCCCCAGCUGCGUCUACAUCCACCCGGACUCGCCCAACUUCGGCGCCCACUGGAUGAAGGCGCCCGUCUCCUUCAGCAAGGUCAAGCUCACCAACAAGCUCAACGGAGGCGGACAGAUUAUGCUGAACUCUUUGCACAAAUAUGAACCUAGGAUUCAUAUAGUGAGAGUGGGUGGCCCUCAGCGGAUGAUCACCAGCCAUUCCUUCCCAGAGACCCAAUUUAUAGCUGUGACGGCUUACCAAAAUGAGGAGAUAACAGCUUUAAAAAUUAAGUACAACCCCUUUGCAAAAGCUUUUCUUGAUGCAAAAGAAAGAAGUGAUCACAAGGACAUGAUGGAUGAAGUGGGAGAUGGCCAGCAGCCGGGGUAUUCACAACUAGGUGGUUGGCUGAUUCCUGGCACAGGGACUCUGUGUCCUCCUACCAAUCCUCACACACAAUUUGGAGCACCUCUGUCACUGUCGUCUGCCCACAGUUGUGAAAGAUAUUCAUCGCUGAGGAAUCAUCGCUCAGCUCCUUAUCCAAAUCCAUACACUCAUAGAACCAGUUCUCCAACCGCUUAUGGGGACAGUUCUUCAGCUUGCCUUUCUAUGCUUCAGCCACAUGACAAUUGGUCCAGUUUGGGGGUCCCACCGCCAACAAGUAUGUUGCCUAUGAGUCACAAUACUGGUCCUCCAACCAGCUCCAGCCAGUAUCCCAAUUUGUGGUCUGUGAGCAACAGCACCAUCUCACCAGUGUCACAAACAAGUGGGGUGCCCAGUGGGAUAGGAUCCCAAUUUUUGCGAGGCUCAGCAACCCAUUACCCUGCCCUUUCUCAUUCAGUCACUACUGCUUCCUCGGGAUCUCCAUUGUAUGACAGUGGGACACCGACAGACAUUGCUGACAGCCAGUAUGAUGCCUCGGUGCAUGCUAGACUUGCUUCCACAUGGACACCUGUCACAACUCCUUCUAUGUAG